AUGGCAUACUCUGCUUCUCACCGCAAUGCUGCCUCAAUGUCUACUACAAGUCUCGUACCUCCACAACCGACGCACGCCAGGCAGCGGCGAAUGACAACCUCGUCGCUCCCGCCUCCGUCUCCACUCAACCUGCCAGAACCAGUCCAGGGGUACCGACGACCACCCUCGCCGCUUAGGAACGGCACAACGAUUGAUCCCAAUACUGGCGAGCUAAGCGAUGCUGGGUCCAUCCAACGCUCGGAAGAUGGAGAUGAAGGGCGCUGGACGCGAUCGCAUUCUCCAUCUCCCUCUGUAGCAAAGUUUGCUGCUAACAUUGCUCAGCGGGUCGGCUCCCUGAUGAGCACCGUGAGCCCUCGCUCCCAUGCCCUUCCUACCGAUGAUGAACUGGAAGCAGAAGCAGAGCGAGAACGUGAUAGGAGUAGGAGAGAAGCAGAACGGAUCUUGAUGAUGGAGGCUGAGAAUAAACGAGCGGCAGAGGAAUGUGUGAUGCAUUCUUCUGGUGACGGGCCAUCUAGCUCUCUCCUUCCACCUCCUCCGCUAUCACAGACGAUCUCAGCUACUCCUUCUUCUCCGAAAUCUUCUCAGAAAGAAGGGAGCUGGUGGGCCAUGGCCAAGAAUAGGCUAACACCAACCAAGGAGCCGCUCACGCCAGCACAGCAGAUUAUAGAGGAGACCAAAGCACGAGAGAAGGAGCACGAGAAGGAGAAGAAGAAAGCCGGAAAGGGAAAACAACGCAAGGAUUCAUGGCCUUCAGCGCCGGACGCGAAGUUUGACGAUCCAGCGUUCAUUCAGUUGGGCCUCGCUUCUUCGAUCACACCGCCACCUCCGAAAUUUGUAUCCGCUGCUCCUUCUUCUCCAACACCAUUCAAUUUCCACGGCCUCCCAGGCACUCCUCCGAGUCUCUCUACGUCUCCCUUGCGGUCCAUGGAGGUUCGUAAUUCCUCGCCAACGAGAACUCCCGCUCCAAUGUACGCCCAGUUCAAUGCCCAGGGGACCCUUGACGUUCCUGGUACUCUACUGACGAUCGUCCAGCGUUUCGAGAAAUUAGAGAAAUGGACAGUCGGGCACGUACGAGCACUGGAAGAGCGCAUGGACGACGUAGAACGCUGGCUUGUUGAGAAGGAGAAGGAGAAACAGAAGGAGCAGGAGCAGCCUGCCGCUCGACAGCUUCCAAAUGGUGAUAUGGAAGCAGGGGAAGGAGAUAUGGGUGAGAUUCGUGAAGAACUAGCAGAACUCUCGGGGCGUGUCACGGAGCUGGGACGUGAGAUGGCGAGAAUGUUGACUGCUUCCGCCAACCUGUUGCCAGGUCCUUCACGCAGUACGGCUUCAAUCGCACGGUCACCUACCGCCACUUCCUCCGUUGCCGUCUUCUCAAUCUCGCAGAAUGUGUCAAGCAGCCCUCAAACAACUCCUCCGAAUAGCACAGGCGCUAUUAGUCCGCCUCCAUCAAGGCCUGCUAUGCCCACGCGGACGUCACGCACCCGUCUGCCGUACCCGACAGGUGACUAUGCUACCCCGCCCGACUCGACUCUACUGAGUCAAGGC